GUACAAUACGAGGUGACUACAUAUUAACUGCAAAUGUAAACAUGUAAAGGAUGGAACUAUGCCAAUUCAGAUGUGACCGACAUUAUUAGCUACAUUUUUCCUAGAAGAGUGGAGGACAGUUCCCCCUCCCGGUAUUUCAGAGCCCAAUUGAUUAGCUUAUAGUUCAGGCUGAUGCAGAUCUGGGAGAAUGAUAAGCCCCUGUCAAUUGAGGUUGGGGGUGCAUGCUAUUGUGUAUGAAUGGAUGUUGAACACCUCACAGCAAAACAUACUAAUAUUACGCUGAUCCUAAAAGUUUAUAAGAUGCCCUAUAAAUAGCGAGGAAAUUGUUCCUAGAUUCUUAAUCCCGGCUUCGGCAUGCCGUGUCUAACUCUUGCGCCCUCCUCUCGGCAUGCCGCAAAACUCUUCCCCGCCUUAGACUCAACACCAAAACCGUCAUCCCACCAACGCUUUGGGCUACCCUCCUCACCCACACUCUUCCUGACAUGAAUAUACCAAUUAAUACCAUAGAACUUACGUACCUCAUAUAAAAAUUGAUUUAUCCAGAAUGUCCUCCUCUAGAGAAGCAACACACGCCGGGUCCUGGUACUCAGACCACGAACCAACCCUCUCAAGCCAGCUGAACAAAUGGCUUUCCCAGGUCCCUAAUGAGCUACCAGGCUUAGGCCGCCUCCCAGUCCCUGGAGCUAGAAUCAUCAUUGCACCUCACGCCGGCUACGCCUACUCGGGUCCCUGUGCUGCCUGGGCUUAUAAGAUGCUGGACCUGUCCAAAGCAAAACGCAUCUUCCUCAUCGGCCCCUCCCACCACCACUACCUCUCCACCAUCGCCCUCCCCCAGCUAACCAGAUACCUAACCCCUCUAUCCCCCGACCCCCUCCUCCUGGACACAGACCUAAUCACCCACCUUCUCUCCACCACCACCAACCCACGCUUCACAACAAUGUCCCCCGCCGUCGAUUCCGCCGAACACAGCCUAGAACUCCACCUCCCCUACAUCCACCACCUUAUACGCACCCUCUACCCCACCAAGCCCGCAACCGCCUACCCGCGCCUCGUCCCCAUGAUGGUCGGCAGCACCUCCGCCGCCACCGAAGCAGCCUUCGGCGCCCUGCUGGCCCCCUACCUCGCCGACGAGACGAACGCCUUCAUCGUCUCCUCCGACUUCUGCCACUGGGGCCUCCGCUUCGGAUACACAUAUUACGUCCCCGAUGUGCACAUGCCCGCACCGGCGCUGCCGCUCUCGUAUCCGAAACUCCCCCUGCCCAUGCCCAUGCCCUCGGCGGCACGGGGCUCAUCGAGCCCUGCCGCGAUAGCUGGGACGCAGGCGGCCAUUGACGCGGUGUCCGGCGGCGGGGCGUUCAAGGCACGCAGCCGUAUGUUGAAUGGUGGGGCGGGGGUCGCGUAUAUCCAUGAGAGCAUUUCUGCGUGUGACGUUGCGUGCAUGAAGGCGAUUGCGUCGGGGGAGACGGCGUUGUUUCUGGAUGCGUUGCGCAAGACGGGGAAUACGGUUUGUGGGAGGCAUCCGAUUGGGGUUGUUAUGGCUGGGUUGGAGGCGGUGAGGAAGGGUAGCGGGGAGGGGGAGGGGGAAGAGGAUAAUGAGAGUGGGGGGAAUGGGGAUAGGGAGUUGGAGAAGGGGAAGUUUUAUUUUGUGAGGUAUGAGAGGAGUUCGGAUGUUGUUGCGGUUGCGGAUAGUUCGGUUAGUUAUGUUUCUGCGUUUGCGGUGUUGUAAAUGGGGGGACGUGAGAAAGUCUAGAUCUGAGGGGAUGGGUUACAUGGUAUUUUCCCGUCCUAUUCUUAUUUUUUUCUUUCUUAACACCAUCCAUCUUAAUUUACAUAGUUAUGUUUUCUUGCUUGUGUUUGCCCAAUGGAGAAAAAGAUGGUAUGUAGAAGAGAGGAAUGGCGGGUAGAUUAAGUAGAUAUAUCUUCAAUAGCAACAUCUUUAUUUCGUCUUCUGAAACUCACUCAACAACGCGCUUCC